AUGAGAUACGCACUCGUAUACAAAAGGCUCGUCUCAUACAUGCUCUCAAUCUUCAGUGUAUUGAUAAUCACGCCGAUAUUCAUAGAAACAUUCGGUCCCUUGCUGCUGGAAAAUGGCUUUGGAUGGUUUAAAGAUGAGUCAAAGUGUAUUUUUUUUGUUUCAACCCUCUGUGGACAGAUAUCUUUUCCAAUCUUUUCUUCAAUUGACAGCGGAUUUUUAGUCAUUCCAAUGUUUGAGCUUUUUGAAUCUUCAAAAUUAAUAUCCCAGAGCUAUACAAACCCUGAAGAUGCGCUAACUAACACCCUUCUAUGCCUUUCGUUGGCCUCUCUCUUAACAUUCUUCAUUUGCCUUUCGAUAUACUUGUUUAAAAUGGGCAGCAUACUGUCAAAAAUACCGCUAAAUGUCAUAGACUCUUUGAUGGUUGCUACAGCAGUCUUUAACAUCUACGUAGGAUUCAAAAGACUUCUGGUUGAAAAUAAAACAGAACUGUCAAUUGCUCUUUGCUUUGUUUCCUUCGCAAUUACUGUUAUAGCCAUGGCUAUUCUGAAAUCAACAAAAAACCCAAGGUUUCUUAUACUGUACCUGAUAGCCCUGAUAGUUUUGAUGAAUUUGUCAAAAGUAUUUUAUGAUCCUAAAUUUUUAGUAGAGAAUGGUCUCUUUAUCACAGAUGAAGGCACUCCGCUGAACUGCAGUUCAUUCAUGCAUUCGGCAACUAAGGGCACGAUUGAUUUAAAGAAGUUGGUGUACAACCUUGCUCAAGUUACCACAGUUGGUAUUUCUCCAAUAAUUUCAUUUUCUACAACACUGCCAUACUACUCAAAACACUUCAACUUGGACGUUGACUACGACAAAGAACUGAGAAGCUUUGGACUAGCAAGUCUUUUUUCUUCUAUUUUACGCUUCCCAAUUCAUAUUAGUUGCACUGGCUCAGUUCUGUUCAGAAUAUGUGGUGCAGAUAAAAAGCUCCAUUCCAUACUUGCAGGUGUUUCCCUGCUUUUUCUCUUUAUUAUUUACCAGUACGUCACUCCCCUUCUUCCUACAUUUGCAAUUUCUCUUUUAUCGCAAUUCAUAGGGUUUUCUAUUAUGCUUGGAUAUCUCCAGCUAUUCCCCACUCUUACAACAAUCGACAAGAUUGUUUUGGCAUUUCUGAGUUUUAUUGCGGUUGUAUCUAGUAUGAAUGCUUUGAUCGUGCUUAUUUUAGGUACCAUUACCAAUCUUGCAAUUUCGUACUACUUCUCACGGAAAGUUGGCAGCGAAGCUUCGGUGGUGCUCCAGGAGGUUGAAAACACAAUGGUUGUUAAAGUUCAGGGUCCGCUAACCCACGUGAACAUUCAAAGUGUUUCCGAAAAAUUGCAGCACUGUAAAAACAACAUUGUUUUUGAUCUGCUGGAUACCAAAUAUGUUGACUAUACAGCCAAUAUUGAACUGGAAAAUAUAACAAAAUGUGCCAAACAAAAGAAUCUUAAUGUACAGAUAUUAGGUAGACCCUGCAACCUCAAUAAAAGGGUGCUAUUCAUCAAGAAAUGA